UCUUCAUCUUCUCCUUCUGCCCAUGCAAUAGAUAUGGAGGACAAAGAGCCAAUUUUGUAUAAUACAUUUUUUGAUUAAAAAUAUUUGUGGGUAUGGGCAACUGGAUGACCUGUUGUGUCCACAAGAGUGACAAAGUUGCAGGACUCCCUAAAGCUUUUAUAGAAACCGGUGAAUAUGGAUAUUAUUCAGGAGCCACAAAACAUGCUAGUCACCCUUUGCCUGUUCCAGACCAGAAUUCAACUAGAAAAAAGAGAACAGGGAUUGUACCAAGUCCAAGGUCUGAGAGUGAAAUACUAUCAUCUCCUUAUCUAAGAGCUCUUUUGCUCUCCGAACUUGCAAAGGCUACCAGCAAUUUCCAUCGUGAUUGCCUUCUUGGUGAAGGAGGAUUUGGUUAUGUUUAUAAGGGAUGGCUAUGUGAGGAGACCCUUACUGCUACGACACCUGGAUCAGGACUUGGAGUUGCAGUCAAAAAGCUCAAGCCUCGAGGUUUGCAGGGCCAUAAGGAGUGGCUGUCAGAAGUGAAUUAUCUUGGGCAAUUUCGUCAUCCAAACUUGGUCAAACUUAUUGGAUUCUGCUUGGAAGGUGAAAACCGGCUAUUAAUAUAUGAAUUUAUGCCUAGAGGGAGCUUGGAGAACCAUUUGUUUCGAAAGAGUGCAUCAGUACUUCCAUGGGUAACAAGGAUUAAAGUUGCCAUAGCCGCUGCGCGGGGACUUUCUUUUUUGCAUGAUGCAGAACCACAAGUUAUAUAUCGUGACUUUAAAGCUUCUAACAUCCUUUUAGACAUGGAAUUUAAUGCAAAACUUUCAGAUUUUGGCUUGGCAAAAUCUGGUCCAACCGGCGAUCAUUCUCAUGUGUCUACUCAAGUUAUGGGUACUCAAGGAUAUACUGCUCCUGAAUAUCUUGCUACAGGUAAACUAACAACAAAAUGUGAUGUUUAUAGCUUUGGGGUUGUUUUACUUGAGCUACUUACUGGUCGUCGUGUAAUGGAUAAAAGGAAAACUGGUGCAGAGCAAAAUCUGAUCGAGUGGGCAACACCUUACUUGCAUGAUAAGAAAAAGUUGUUUAGGAUUAUGGACACUAAGUUAGAAGGGCAAUAUCUUCGAAAAGCAGCUACAAUAGCAGCAACUCUUGCAUUGCAUUGUGUACAUCCUGAAGCAAGGGGUAGACCAGAUAUGUCAUUUGUGUUGAGUGCUUUAGAACAGCUUCCUUCUAAGUAUAUGUCUGGUCGUCCAUUUGGAGAUCGAAAAAAGGUGUCUAAAACUCGACACAAAUCUGAAUCUUCAUUUCCAGGCAGUGUUAGGACAAAACACGCCUCUCGUGUUUCAGAAGGUACAAAAUCCCCACGAGAACGAUGAUAAUUCUCAGCUCUCAAUGCGAUUGAGCUUUUUGGCC